CCUUCUAUUUACUAAUUGCUCGUUGGAAUAAAAAAGAUAGAAACUUUAAAACCGCUGAAAAUUCUAAACAGAUUUUCAUGACCCACACACUCAGUUGUUUUUCUGAGAUCACUUGAUGCACUUCUUAGAAAGUUAGUCAACUGCUGGGUUACAAAAAUGAAAACCCAAACAAUGCCUGCCUUAUCCUUGUAUGUUUAGAAUUCUGAUUCAGCCGUCUGAGGAGCUCAGCUUGAGAUAUGAUGAUAGCUGCGGUCGCACUGGUUGUGGUUAUUCUUCUGGUAGCUUUCAUCUUGAUCCCACGAGGCCCAAAAUAUGGGCAUACAAAAAAAGUUGAUUCAAAUGUUACAUAUGAUAAGCCAGCCAGAAUGUAUACUAAAGCUGAAGUCUCUUUGCAUAAUAAGAGAACAGAUUGUUGGGUAAUUAUCAAAGACAAGGUAUAUGAUGUUACCUCAUAUGUAGAGGAGCACCCAGGUGGUGAUGCCAUCUUAGAUCAUGCUGGGGAUGACUCAACCGAAGGGUUUUUCGGGCCACAGCAUGCUACCCGAGUGUUUGACAUGAUUAACGACUUUUAUAUCGGUGAUCUGAAGCUGUGACCAUUUAGAGUGUAAUUUUAUAUAAUCAGUGAGAUAAUGUACUUUGAGAUCUAUUCUUCUAUUUGAAUUUGUCUUAAUUGCAGUAUUUUUUCUGUAUACACACAUUUUCCAUUUGGGUUCAGUAUUGCAUUUAUCACCUGUUAA